UCAUCGUUCCACAGAUUCUGGUGAGCGAAUUUGAUUUUGAGCGCCGAGACCGGUGGAGCUUUUGCCGCUGCGAUUUUCAAUGCGAGGCGGCGGAAUCUUGAGCCGAUGAGGAAGUGGAAUGAUCUUUCCGUGGCAGGAACUCCAACUACGGCGCAUAUAGCUGCUCUUCAAUUCCCAUAUAUAUAUUUGUUCUCAUCGGUUACUGUGUUCUUCUCUUCAACGCGCCAAAUUGUUCUUUCCUCAAUUUCCACUCCAGUUCUGAUUCUUGCUUCGGCCUUCACAAUGUCGAGUGUGGAGGAGCCACUUGGUCUUGACAAAUUGCCAAGCAUGAGUACAAUUGAUCGGAUACAGAGAUUUUCCUCUGGUGCUUGCCGACCUAUAGGAGACGACAUAGGAAUGGGGAUCUGCUGGAUUGAAGGAGGGAGAAGUAGCUUAUCCAAUAGUUGCAGGGAAUAUGAUGAGGAUGCUAGAGAGACGUUUCCAUGGAGAAGACAUAGGAAAGAGACAUCCCAAAAUGGCUCUGUCAAUAAGAGGACAAUGAGCAUAGGCUCGAAAAAGUUUGUAACUGGAGAUUUUUGUGAUUCCCACUGUUCAUCAGGUCCUGAAUACCAGACUGAGAGUAGUAGCCACCAUAUGCAGAACAUGACAAAUAAGUUUUGGAAUGGUAUGCCAAAGUUUGUGAAGAUAGUUGAAGUGGGUCCAAGAGAUGGACUUCAAAAUGAGAAGGAUAUGGUACCAACAUCUGUAAAGGUUGAAUUGAUCCAUAGACUAGUAUCUUCAGGAUUGCCUGUGGUUGAGGCUACCAGUUUUGUAUCACCUACACGGGUGCCUCAGUUAUCUGAUGCAACCGAAGUGAUGGAAGGCGUUCGUAAUUUGGAAGGUGUCAGAUUGCCAGUGUUAACACCUAAUAUGAAAGGGUUUCGUGCUGCUGUGGCGGCUGGAGCAAAGGAAGUGGCAGUCUUUGCAUCAGCCUCUGAAUCAUUUUCAAAAUCCAACAUCAAUUGUAGCAUUGAAGAAAGUCUUGAUCGUUAUCGUGCUGUAACUUCUGCUGCAAAAGAGCUUGGAAUCCCUGUUCGAGGGUAUGUAUCAUGCGUUGUUGGGUGUCCAACAGAAGGAGCAAUUCCACCAUACAAAGUGGCUUAUGUAGCAAAACAGCUUUAUGAUAUGGGUUGCUUCGAGAUUUCUCUUGGGGACACCAUUGGAGUUGCCACGCCUGGGAGUGUUGUUCAGAUGCUUGAAGCUGUAAUGGCUGUGGUUCCUGUCGACAAGCUUGCAGUCCACUUCCAUGACACUUACGGCCAAUCACUUCCAAAUAUCUUAGUAUCCCUCCAAAUGGGGAUUAGCACAAUAGAUUCCUCUGUUGCAGGCUUGGGUGGAUGCCCUUAUGCAAAAGGAGCAUCAGGGAAUGUUGCAACUGAGGAUGUGUUGUACAUGCUCCAUGGACUUGGUAUAAAAACCAAUGUAGAUUUGGCAAAGGUCAUAUCUGCUGGGAAUUUCAUCAAUAACCAUUUGGGGCGGCCAUCGGGUUCGAAGACCGCCGUUGCCUUGAGUCGUGUCGCAGCCGAUGCUUCCAAGAUUGAACAAGAUUGAACAAGUAAAGAAGAGUUUCACUUCAAGAAACUUUCUAAUAGUAUGUGUUGUGUCUUAUCUGGCUGAAUUAUGCAGCCAUAUACCAGAUCUCAAAUAUAACUAUCAUGUGCCAUUUAAGCAGAAAGUUUAUGGAUCUGAAUCCCCUACAUAAUUUGAAGAGGAUUUAGUUUAUUGCUACAGUUAUUUAAACUGGAUUUCAU